AUGCGGUUACCAGAAUAUCCGUUGAUUGUAUGGCUCACAAAACUAUGUAUCUUCACUCAAGUUAUAAGGAGUGAAACUUCAAUAGGUUCGGAUACAUGUAUUGAUUUAGAUCCGAAAUGUGUAGACUGGGCAAAUCGGGGUAAUGUCAAAGUAAUCCUGUUUGACGGCAUUGUUGUUCAUAUUCAGGAUGAAGAGAAACAGAUAGUUCGAGCAUAUGGAAGAAUGGUUCUGAGUUGGAACGAUACGAAAGUGGCAUGGGAUCGCAAUCAGUGGGAGCUAUCAUGGUUAAACUUUUACUGGAUCCAGAUUUGGACCCCUCAACUCAUACAAAUAAAUCCAACAUCAAUAAAUCCAGGAACCAAGGUGAACAAAGUGCUCGCAGCAAACUAUACCGGUCAAGUGUACACGUGGUUGGAUUUUUCGUUUGUAGCUCCCUACAAUUUCCGAUAUGAAGAUUAUCCAAAUGAUUACCAACAGGUGUGCUUCAAAUUUGAUGAUAAGCAAUAUUUCUCUGUGAGAUUUAUUAUUGCUGACAAAGUUAAAUCGAAGAAACGUGAAGAACUUACCGAAACUUACGCUACUGGCGGACUCUUGAAAAUGUUGAAAUCACCGAUAGCAAAUAUUCAAAUGCUUGGCAACUGGCGAGACGACCCGUUCGACGUCCAAUCAUUAAAUAGUGAAUUGUGCUUGGGUUUACGUCGUAAUGCUGUGUACUUUACGACGGAAAUGUUGUUACCAGCUCUUAUAACAUCGAUUAUCACCAUAUCUGUGCUGUUCCAACUAUCGACAGUCCAGCCGGUGCUAAUAGCAUUAUAUAUCUUGGCUCAGAUUAUCGCCUUGACUCUUAUUAAUAGCCGCUUACCGACAUUUGCGAUCCAUACGCCAACCAUACAUCUGAAUACUAGAACUUGCAAGAAUUUCAAACAUUUUGAAUUCGCAUGA